AUGGCGGACACAAACAUAAUCGCAAGUAAUCGGCCCACACGUCUCAGAAGAGGUACACUUGUAUCGCAGGAAGACAAACGGGUGCGCAAGCGAAGUAAGGACAUGCUACGACACAAAUCUCGUAUAUGUGUCGGUCAGCAGAUAGGAAGAUGGAUGGCUGUUAAAGUCAGCAUCGGACUGUCAAAAAAUGAAGAUGUUGCAAAAAUGUUAUUGGACAGUUGGUGUUUGAUAAAUAGUUUUUUCGUGGAUGACCAUGGCAACUUUCCAGCGAAGGACAGUUCUCCGGAAAUACAAACUAAGAAAACAGUAUCUCCUCAUCACCUACAACACCAAAAAGACGAUUGCACUAGGACGAUGCCACCAUUGUUGAAGGAGACAUCACAAAACUUUGCUGAUAACUGUCUAACUACAGAGAAUGGGAAAGCCUCUAAUCUAAGACCUGUAGAUAUAAUCCAGCAUAGAGACACAAACCAGCUAGGAGAAGUCUGCAUCAGCGAGUCCAAUGAGAUGCUACAAAGUGUAGACGUUGAUGAAGUGACCCCAAAUAUUAGUUUGACUUCUGAAGUAAAGGAUAUAAAGUGUGAACCUGAGCUAUAUAUAGAAACAGAGAGGAAGAGAAUGACUGAUGGUGUUACAUCUCCUAGUACAGAUAAUUACUUGACAAGUAGUGAAGAGGACACCAAUGACUCUGAUGUAGACAAUGAUGUGUGGGCUGUGAGUAUAGCAUCGGAUAGUAAACAAGUCAAGCUUGAUAUUCCACAGGAAGUUGAUAAUGAUGUGGAACUGGAUCUGAGUUGUAGCGAGGAAGAUGUAGAGCAUGGUAAUUUAUCAUCUCAUCCAGGUCAGCAAGGUGAUAUCCAUCAAAGCUCUGUCCAACAAAAGCAAUCUACUCCCUUAAAGCGAAGAAAAUUAAAAAAAAAUUCAAACUCAAGAGCCAAAGUAAAAACUACUAUAGCUACAAGGAAAAAGAAUGCCCCUUGUCCUGGAGGAGGAUAUCGUCAGAGUAAGAGGUUGCAAAAGAAAGGGCGCCGAUCCUAUGUAGAUGAUCUGCAAGAGGCAUUUGAAGUUGAGGCUGAUGAGGACAAAGAGAGACAAUCUGUUAGUGAUCAUGAGAACCUUCAGAGUGACCAGGUUACAGAAAGCCAUGGAAACAUCUCCAAGGGAGAUUUCAGCAGCAUGCAUCCUAAGAAACGUCACACUGCCAGGUACUCUGAAGCAGAAAUGAAUGAUUGUGUACCAGUUGUCCAUCUGCAGACACAGCACAUCUCCUCAGAGACUCUGACAAACAAUAAACAUGGUGAGAAGUCAAAGGUUAAAAAGAAGACAGGUGACACUGAGGUAAAAAGCCACCGAUCUGAUGUAGGGUAUGAACAGCAAGGAAUUGAGACAUUUUCAGAUAAAGACAAUGUUAACUCAGAUUAUUUGGAAGAACCGGAUCUAGAUGAUUCUGAUUAUGAUCCAGCAUUAGAUGAAGAGGAACCACCUUCAAGGAAAAAACGAAAGUAUACAAAACGUAAAAAUGGGAAAAAGGAUGAGACUGAAGAUGGAAGUGAAAGUGUGGUAAAAGUGAGUAAUGAUGGAGAGAGUGACAAGAAGGCAUCACAGAAAACUUUAAAGAAAACAAGAGCCAAGAGAAAAACACACGAUAAGGGUGAAAAACUUAACUGUUUACCAGGUAGCAGGCGUUCAGAUAAAUACUUCCCAGAUAUUAAUGUACAGUUGGAGGACCAUGCAGAUAAGUAUGAAGUGAUAACCUGGACAAGCCACUGCAAGAAAGAUCGUGGGGUUGAUGUUGAACAGAAAUCGUUCCAUGGGUAUGGCUGUAAAAUGUGUGGUGGUGUGUUUAAAACAACAGACAGGUCGGUGAUGGAAGUGCACCUGAAGGAGCACAUGCAGGGCAAGUUGACAUGUGGCGAGUGUGGGCAGGUGUUCAGUUACUACACACAGCUGAGAAAGCAUCGUCUCAAGUUACAUGUGGAGGCCAAAUACACAUGUGAAGAGUGUGGUCAGCAGUUCCAUUACAUCAAAGUCCUUCACACACACCUUUCCAAAGUACAUAACAAAAAUGUGUACCAGUGUAAAAAGUGCCAGAUGAACUUCCAAUCUAAUGCUGAUCGAAAGGCACACAGUCUUGAGAUGCAUCCAGAGUGUUUUGAGAAAUGUAAAGUUUGUGGGGAAACUGUCAACAUGACAUUGUGUAAAAAUGCCAUGGAGCGUCACAUGCGCUCAUACUGGUGUCAGCGCACUGCCAGUUCCAUCUGUGAAAUCUGUGGAAAGGAAGUUCAAAGACUGUCCAUCAAGACACACAUCCGUCGUGUUCAUCACAAGACCAAAACACUUCGCUGUGAUAUCUGUGACUUUUCCACUCAUCUUGGUUCCACAUACAAACUCCACAUGAUGACACACACAGGAGAACAUCCCGUGAAGUGCUCCCUGUGUGACUUCUCCUGUAUCCGUAGUUACCAACUGACUUCACACAUGAGGACACACACAGGAGACAAACCCUACAAGUGUGACCAGUGUAAUUAUGCAUCUGCAUGGAAUGUCCAGCUAAAGGACCACAAGAAAGCACAUUACAGUGACGAUCGGGUCAACUGUGAUGCCUGUAACAUCAUGUUCAAGGAUAGACGUGGACUCAACAUGCACAUAUCUAAAGAACAUGCUAAUACCUCAGUUGCUGAUUCUUUUGUGGUGAAAAAAAAUCCUGUUGACUCCAACAAUUACAUCAGCAGCGGUGCUGCAGUUGAUACCAACUCUUACAUAGCAAGGGGACAUCAGAGUGAUAUAGGUGCUUACAGUGGCCUCAGAAAUCUUAGUUCAUCAAGAUCAGAUAAUUACAUUGUUCGUGGAAAUCUGGAUGUACAAAACACUUUUGUCAGCGGGAAUUCUAGUGUUACAGAUGCUUAUAUUGCUAGGGGAAACAACUUGUAUUAAUUCAUUUGUGAUAUGCAAUGAUGCUAGAUGCUAUCUUUGCCCAUUGUUAAGAGCUUGACACAUGCAGACAGAAUAAGGAACUCUGAUAGUUUCAUCUUUCGGUCAUCUAAAUGACACUGAUUUUUUUUAUUGGGUUUCGUUGUUCUGUUCAAUUGGAGUGAAAAAGCUAUGGAGCAAAAUAUAUAUAUUUUUUGUUAUAAAUAGGAUAUAUAUGCAGUUGAAAACUGUAUGUUUAUGAUUUAAUAUUUAUUGAU